AUGAACGAGAUGAAAGACAAGUCCGGGGGUGCCGUGCGGAGCCCCAAGAGCGUAAAACUCGUUCUCGGCGGCGCUGUUAAUGUGAACAUCCCUUGGCUGGGUCAUCUUCGGUUCAUUGCAGAUGGCAGCCUGAGCAUCGACAGCCCCAAUGUGCCUGGCUUCGUCGACCUGAUCGCUAGCGGCUUCGGCGCACUUUUGAUGAAAGGUUUGAGCAAUCUUGGCAGCCUGACUCUCGGCAUGCCCUCUCAGGGGGAGAAGGAGAGAAAGGAGAUGCAGGAGCUGGAGAUGGCUUUGCAGGCAAACUACGGGGAGAGCCGGUUCCUUUCGAAGGAGUACCUGUGGGCAGAAUUCGCGUUGGAGAACUCGGAGCUCAUCUACCUACAGAUGUGGUCCAUGAGCAUGUUGCUGACGUGGGAGAGGCCCUCCUUGCUCGGCAAAACCCCCGAAGAAGUAGUCUCACUCCACCUAUAUCAGCUGGCAAAGGCAAUCAGUCGAAGCUUCUUUAAUGGCAAUGAGAUGUUCAUCACUGAGAGCUGUACAAAGGAGGCAGGCGUCCGGUUCAAUGCAGAAGGUCUGUCCUUUGAGCAGUGCCCCUAUGGUUUCUUGAAGAAAGAUCUUUUCUUCUGCUACCCGCCACUCCGCAAUGGGAAGAGGCUAGAGAUGGACGAGCAGGGCAAUGUGAGAGACAGCUUGGGGAGGAUUAUCAUAAGAUAUCCGAGCGGCGAGUUUCACACAAGCGAGGAGCUUGUCUCCGACGGCCUGCCUGCCCAGCGAAUGUGCCGGGUCCUUCAUGCCCUUGCAGAAGUGGACCCCAACUAUGCCAAAGUCAAGAAUGUGGAGGUGACCAUCACAGGCAACUACGAGGACACACUCACGGAGAAAUGGAAUAAGUUUUUCAACAUAAAGAGCACCAGGACGUUCAAGAUUCCGCCGCAUGUCUACGCGGUGGUGCCACGGAUUUUUGAUAGGCUUCUAGGGGCCUUAGCAGAUGGAAAGGCCGCAGAGGUGCUUGAGUAUAUCGAUAGUUUCCACGAGGAGCGUGUUCGGCAGGAAGCUGGCACGUGGCUGAAGAUCUUCUGGGAUGACUUGGGCAACUCUUCAACAGAUGGCCGCCCGCCCGUGCCAAUAAACGAAGAGAUUGACGAGCAACGCCAGGCAACGACUUGGGCAGAGGUGGAGGAUGCCUGUAAGCUUACGGUGGGAGACCAAGGGAUGCCGGCCAGAGCCUAUGUGUCAGAACUGCGCAGAGGCAAAGGCCACACGAGUCGUGAGGAAGUCAGCACGGCGGACAUGGCAAAGCUUCUUGCGCUUGAAGCAGCUACCAUCAAGUGCGCCACUGCCACCGUUGUCAGCCCACUUCUGAGGCUUAACAUUGGAGGUACCGUGCGCGCUCUCUUGGAUGAGGUUCGGGCCAGCAAGGAGGAUCACCGGCUCAGCGGCGUGAAGAUCAAUACCAAGUGGACAGGGACCCUCGCGCUUCAGGCGGACAAUGCAAGAGCUACAACCUUCGUAUCCUGCGUUGUAGAUCCCAGCGAUUUCCUGAAGGUCUCAGGGGCCUGGUCCUACGCCUUCAAGGGCAUCGUGAAUUCCGACGGCCGGGUGGUCAAUAGCAACGAAGCAACCACAAGCUCCUCCUUCAGCUUCAAAGGUUACGUCACCAUGCCGACGGUGACUUUCCUGAAGGGUAUCGGCUACACCUACAGCGGCUGUGCGAACAGAUACUUCUGCCCGAAGCACACGGGGGACUCGACGCAGGAGUUCGGUUUCAACCUCCAGGUUCCUGAGCAGCCUUGGAUGAAAGGAGACAAGCUGAGCUCCGCAGCCGUUGGCCUCAGCUUCGAAGCUUUGGCCCAGGAUCUGGAGGUACAUGUCCGCAACUUCCAGCGAGCCUUUCAUUUCGAGGAGAACACGCAGUGCUUGGCCAAGGAGCAGGCGAGCAGCAACGAGACUGUCGAUCAGCCCGUGAAGGAACAGGAGGCACAGAAGUCCUUCUUGAGGAAGGCUGUGGAGAGAGUCCAAGCAUUCUUCACAGAGAUUCCCAGCAUGACCACGGCCCAUGUGAUAGCGCCCAUCCAGACUGGCAUCGCAGUGUUGAGCCCCACCAACCUGGUGCUCACCGUGAGGGCCACAGAUUCCUAUAAGCAUGGCAAGAAAGAUGGCCCCAAGGCCUUAGCCUUUGGAAUUGACACAGCCCAUGUCUACGGCACGGACAAGAUCCCGGCUUGGCUCCAAGAAUGGUCGGUUGUUGGAGCGCACGCCUACUUCACCAGCGGAGUCUCCAUCGACCUAACGGGGCUUCUCAUCGACGGCCUCCGAACAGCGGAAGGCAGGAGGCUGACGAGCGCUGACGGUGCAGAGCGCUGA